AUGUCGUCAAGUUCGUCCAAGUUACUACUCGGUUUGACCGCAUCCCUCGUUGCUUACAGGCUCCUUGCGAAAUGGAGAACCUGGCGCUCAAUUGGAAAACACCCCGGCAACUUCCUCACGUUUGGAUUCGGAAACUUAUUUGCUGUGUUCGCGUUGCCGCCCAUUCGUUGGAUAAGCCCUGGAACCAAUUUCUUCUGGAACGAAAAGCACGCACCAUUCAAGAAAUAUGGAUGGGACAUCUUUUCCAGUUUCUCUAUCUGGCCGGGGGGACUUCAAUACAUCAUUGCAGAUGCUGCUGCAAUCCAGGAAGUGGCAGCCUCUCGGACUCGAUUUCGAAAGCCUGUAGAACUCUACGAACCGGUGCUGAACAUAUUCGGCGCCAACAUUCUUUCAUCCGAGGGGGAAGAAUGGAAGAGAUUUAAAAAGAUAGUAUCCCCAGCUUUUUCUGAGCGAAAUUCGCGGCUCGUAUGGGAUGGGACAACGCAAGUCGUGGCCCAGCUUUUCUCGGACGAAUGGGGAAAUAAAGAUCGGGUUACUCUCGACGAUGUUGCCAAGGACCUCACGUUCCCGAUUGCACUUGCUGUCAUCAGCGCUGCCGGUGGGUUGCCACAGUACUUCUUCUGCGGCUUUGGACAACCGAUCUCUUGGAAGGACGAGGAUCACUGUCCUCCAGGACACAGAGUAUCGUUCAAGCAGGCCCUUCAAAUAGCUGCUCAGAAUCUCGUAGUCCGAGCGGCGUUUCCCAAGGUCAUUCACAAGUCAGUACCAAGUCUGCGAAAGAUAGAUCUGGCUUACGAGGAACUUGAAUCGUACAUGCGAGGCCUCAUCCGGGAACGACUGGACUCUACGGAUAAGGUAGACCGUAACGAUUUGCUGAGUCUCCUAGUCGAGCAUAGCAACGAGGGUACACAAGGAAAAUCUCUGACAGAUGAAGAGGUGAUGGGGAAUGUAUUCGUAUUCCUCAUGGCGGGGCACGAGGGAAGUGAAGAAACGGCCGCUCUCACCCUUUCCUUUGCUUUCGCGUUACUCGCUCUGUACCCGGAAGAACAAGAAGCAGUAUACCAAGAAAUCAAAUCGGAUACAAAUCUCCCGGCAUCCGAAGUGCCGAAGGUUGCGAACGAAGAUACGACUCUAACUACCGGGAACCUGGCUGGCGAGUCUAAGACGAUCCCCGUUCCCAAGGGCACAAGAGUGAGCUUCAGCCUUCCAGGAAUCCACUACAACCCGAGAUACUGGACCGACCCACACGAAUUCAAGCCGGGUCGAUUUCUCGACCCAAACUGGCCUCGGGAUGCAUUCAUACCCUUCAGCGCAGGCCACAGAGCAUGUAUCGGACGACGUUUCUUCGAAGUCGAGGCGAUCGCGGUGAUGGUAAUGGUGCUGUCUCGGUACAAGAUCAUCGUUAAAGAAGACCCUCGAUUUGCUGCUGAGACCUGGGAAGAGAAGAGGGCGAGAGUUCUUGCGUGCAAGGCCACGGGAGUGACAUUGAGCCCAAAACGGGUUCCCUUGACCUUCAUCAAGCGCUGA